CCUCGUAGGGUUUAGGGUUCCAACGAGCAAUGGCGCCGAAUCCUCGGUGCUACAUGGACAUCAGCAUUGGAGGCGAGCUCGAGGGCCGGAUCGUCGUGGAGCUCUUCGCGGAUAUUGUUCCGCGCACCGCCGAGAAUUUCCGGGCGCUGUGCACUGGCGAGAAAGGCGUCGGUUCUUCCGGAUAUCCGCUCCAUUACAAGGGCGUGUCUUUUCACCGCGUCAUCAAAGGCUUCAUGAUCCAAGGCGGCGACUUCACCGCUGGCGACGGCACCGGCGGCGAAUCCAUCUACGGCCUCAAGUUCGACGACGAGAACUUCAAAGUGAAGCACGAGCGCAAGGGGCUGCUGUCCAUGGCCAACUCGGGGCCCAACACCAACGGCUCCCAGUUCUUCAUCACCACCGCUCGAGCCUCACAUCUCGACGGCAAGCACGUCGUGUUUGGCAAAGUUCUCAAGGGAAUGGGCGUGAUUCGCAGCAUGGAGCACGCUAUAACGGACGACAAGGACCGGCCCGUGAAUCCCCUGGUGGUGACCGAGUGUGGAGAGCUUCCGGAGGGAGCCGAUGAUGGAGUGUCGCUCUUCUGGAAGGACGGUGAUAUAUUCCCGGACUGGCCAGCGGACUUGCCCGAGCAGCCAGAGGAGUCGGCCUGGUGGGUGUCGGCCGUGGAGACCGUCAAGAGCCUGGGAAACGAUUGCUUCAAGCGUGGCGACUACAAGAUGGCGCUUCGCAAGUACAGAAAAGCCUUGAGAUAUUUGGACGUGUGCUGGGAAAAGGAAGAGAUAGACGAAGAGAAGAGUAACAAUCUGCGGAGGAUUAAGUCCUUGGUUCUCACCAACAGCGCUGCCUGCAAACUUAGAGUUGGCGAUGCUCGGGGUGCUCUGGUAGACACGGAGUACGCCAUGAACAAUGGAGAACCCAAUGUGAAGGCACUGUUUCGACAAGGCCAGGCAUACCUGGCUUUAAACGACCUGGAAGCAGCAGUGGCAAGCCUGAGCAAAGCUCAAGAGAUCCAGCCCAACGAUGCUGGUAUCCGGAAAGAGCUCACAACAGCUAAGAACAAGAUACUAGCGAGACGGGAUCAGGAACGCAAGGCCUACUCUAAAAUGUUCCAGUGAGUACCUAGCCGGUGGAGGCGACCAAAGUUUUGUCUGCGUGGUAGCAUGUGACAAUGUGCACGGGCCGCUCAAAAUUUGCUCCAUUGUAAAUGCUCUCCCCUCUCUCUUUCUCUCUUCAAGCAGUCGUUUUGCUCCGGAUCGCGUUGAGAUAGAUCCGCUUUUCUUGCAGUCCAAUGUCUGAGAUUGUAAGCUUCUGCCGCAACGAACAUGAAAAUACUUGUCAAGCAAACAUGACAAACCCAUGAUUUCA